ACAAAAUCUCUUUCUUCGUCAAUCAAAGUUCUUUUCUCUAACCACUUUUGUUCUCCUAUCAUGAAUUAUUUGAAUAUGACUAUUAUCUUUUGGAAAAUGGUUGGGUUUCGAUUUGACUUUGGAUAGGGUCUAAUAUUGUUCCAAUGAUGGUAAAUUGAGGAACUAAUUAAUCACAUUUCUUCUUCACGAGUUAGCAUUAGGUUAUUAAUGAAUCAAAAUAAAUAGGCUACCUACAUGCAUGAAAUACGAUGCAUUAUCAAAUUAUAUAUAAGUGUAGAUUUACUUAGCUCUUCGAAAAUAAAUCAAAUUAUAUGGUUUAGCAAAGUGUAACUUUAGAAAUAUCAAUUGAAAUCAAUGGCGUCAUUGACAAAUCAACCUUCAAAGAAGUCUUUGCGCAAUUCUGGAGGAUCAGAAGGAACGGGUAGUUCUCAACAAGGAAGCCGUAACUCUAGUGGAGGACCAACCAUUAAGUUUGCAAGACGAACAUCAAGUGGGAGAUAUGUAAAUUUAUCGAGAGAUGACAUGGAAAUGUCUUCAGAUGUAUCAGCAGACUAUAUGAAUUACACUGUUCACAUUCCCUCUACCCCUGAUAACCAACCAAUGGAUACUUCUGUUGCAAUGAAAGCCGAAGAGCAAUAUGUUUCCAAUUCUUUAUUUACAGGGGGAUUCAAUAGUGUUACUAGAGCCCAUUUAAUGGACAAGGUUAUUGACUCUGAAGUUACUCAUCCUCAAAUGGCAGGUGCUAAAGGUUCUUCAUGCUCAAUUUGUGAUGGAAAAGUUAUGAAGGAUGCAAGAGGAAAUGAUGUCACUCCAUGUGAGUGUAGGUUCAAGAUAUGUAGAGAUUGCUUUUUAGAUGCACAAAAAGAGACUGGCACGUGCCCCGGUUGUAAGGAGCAUUAUAAAGUUGCAGAAUACGAAGAUGAUACAGAUGAAUAUUCGCACACAACAUUGCCAUUACCAGCACCAGAUGGUUCUAAACAAAAUCCAAACAAUAUGUCAGUUAUGAAGAGAAAUCAAAAUGGAGAAUUUGAUCACAAUAAAUGGUUGUUUGAGACCAAAGGAACUUACGGAGUUGGCAAUGCUUAUUGGCCGCCAGAUGAUGAUGAUGGUGAUGAUGGCUUUCAAGGAGCGUUUGAUGACGCUGAGAAGCCUUGGAAGCCUUUAAGUCGAAAAACACCAAUUCCUUCUGCCAUUAUAAGCCCAUACAGGUUGCUUAUAGCUAUUCGAUUAGUAGUGAUGGGGUUCUUUUUACAUUGGAGAGUGGUACAUCCAAAUGAAGAUGCAGUAUGGUUGUGGCUAAUGUCAGUUACUUGUGAGAUAUGGUUUGGCUUCUCAUGGAUACUCGACCAAAUCCCAAAGGUUUCUCCUGUCAAUCGUUCCACUGACCUUGAUGUUCUUCAUGAGAAAUUUGACAGUCCAUCUCCAUCCAAUCCAACAGGGCGAUCUGAUUUGCCUGGUGUAGACCUCUUUGUAUCCACUGCUGAUCCAGAUAAAGAGCCACCACUUGUAACUGCUAAUACUAUUCUUUCCAUAUUAGCAGUUGAUUAUCCUGUGGAGAAGCUCGCUUGUUAUAUUUCGGAUGAUGGAGGUGCUCUAUUGACUUUCGAAGCCAUGGCUGAGGCUGCAAGUUUUGCUGAUUUAUGGGUUCCCUUUUGUCGCAAACAUAAUAUUGAGCCAAGGAAUCCUGAUACUUACUUUUCCUUAAAAGUUGAUCCGACGAAGAAUAAGAGUAGACUAGAUUUUGUGAAGGAUAGAAGAAGGGUGAAGAGGGAAUACGAUGAGUUUAAAGUGCGUAUAAAUGGCCUUCCAGAUUCCAUUAGGAGAAGAUCUGAUGCAUUUAACGCAAGGGAGGAAAUGAAGAUGAUGAAACAUUUUAAGGAGAGUGGGGCGGAUCCUUCAGAGCCUAUUAAAGUAUUAAAGGCUACCUGGAUGGCGGAUGGUACCCACUGGCCGGGUACUUGGGCUUCUCCUUCUAGUGAACAUUCAAAAGGUGACCAUGCUGGAAUACUUCAGGUGAUGUUGAAGCCACCUAGUCCCGAUCCAUUACUGGGAAGUGUUGACGACAAGAUCAUAGAUUUCACUGAGGUAGACACACGUUUGCCUAUGUUUGUAUAUGUAUCUAGAGAGAAAAGGCCAGGUUAUGAACACAACAAGAAAGCUGGUGCCAUGAAUGCACUAGUUCGAGCAUCAGCAAUCCUGUCAAAUGGGCCAUUCAUUCUUAAUCUUGAUUGUGAUCAUUAUAUAUAUAAUUGUAAGGCAGUACGUGAAGGAAUGUGCUUCAUGAUGGAUAGAGGCGGCGAAGACAUAUGCUAUAUACAGUUCCCUCAAAGAUUUGAAGGAAUUGAUCCCUCGGAUCGUUAUGCCAAUCACAACACUGUAUUCUUUGAUGGAAACAUGCGAGCUCUUGAUGGUCUUCAAGGCCCAGUUUAUGUCGGGACAGGUUGCAUGUUUAGGAGGUUUGCAUUGUAUGGAUUUGACCCUCCGUCCGGUGAUUGGGAAGCGAAAAAACCUAAACAUAAUUGUACUGAAGAGGCUUGUGAAACUACACCGGCCUUAAAUGCUAGUGAAUUUGAUGAAGAUCUAGACGUAAACUUGUUGCCUAAACGAUUUGGUAAUUCAACCAUGUUGUCUGAAAGCAUACCGGUUGCUGAGUUCCAAGGUCGACCUAUUGCCGAUCAUCCUGCCAUCAAGUAUGGACGCCCACCGGGUGAACUAAGGGCCCCUCGUGAACCACUUGAUGCUAGUACUGUUGCUGAAUCCGUCUCUGUGAUUUCUUGUUGGUACGAAGAUAAGACAGAAUGGGGAGACAGAGUAGGAUGGAUUUAUGGGUCAGUGACAGAGGAUGUGGUUACAGGUUACCGCAUGCACAAUCGUGGAUGGCGUUCUGUGUAUUGCAUAACAAAGAGAGACGCAUUUCGUGGAUCAGCGCCAAUUAACCUCACUGAUCGACUUCAUCAGGUGCUGAGAUGGGCCACUGGUUCUGUUGAGAUCUUCUUUUCUAAGAACAAUGCUUUUCUGGCUAGUAAGCGCCUUAAACUUCUUCAACGUCUCGCUUACCUCAAUGUUGGAAUCUACCCUUUCACUUCCAUGUUCCUCAUUGUCUAUUGCUUCCUUCCUGCACUUUCAUUGCUCUCUGGAUUUUUUAUUGUUCAAACUCUUAGUAUCGCUUUCUUGCUCUAUUUGCUCACCAUGACAUUGUGUCUGGUGCUCUUGGCCGUUCUUGAGGUUAAGUGGUCUGGCAUAGAGUUGGAACAAUGGUGGAGGAAUGAACAAUUUUGGCUCAUUUCUGGCACUAGUGCUCACCUUGCUGCUGUGGUGCAAGGACUCUUAAAAGUCAUUGCUGGAAUUGAAAUUUCUUUUACUUUGACGUCAAAAUCCGGUGGAGAAGACGAUGAUGACAUUUUUGCAGAUUUGUAUAUAGUUAAAUGGAGCUCACUUAUGAUUCCACCAAUUGUUAUUGCUAUGAUAAAUGUGAUUGCUAUUGCGGUUGCAUUUUCUAGAACAGUUUAUAGUGCAAACCCACAAUGGAGUAAGUUCAUUGGAGGAGCAUUCUUUAGUUUUUGGGUACUUGCUCAUUUGUAUCCAUUUGCAAAAGGGUUGAUGGGAAGGAGAGGAAAGACUCCCACCAUUGUAUUUGUGUGGUCUGGUCUCAUUGCAAUUACACUUUCUUUGCUUUGGGUUGCCAUUAGUCCACCCAAAGCUUCUGAUGGACAAGGUACUGGGGGAGAUUUCCAAUUUCCAUAAAAUGCUAAUGUUGGGUUACGGAUUGAUGUGUAGAUGAUUUUUUCAUCAUAAUAUGUAUGCAGGUAACAGUGUUAGUAAUGUAUGUAUGUAAAUCUAGCUCUUUAUACUUGAUGUAUUUUUUGCUACAUAUUCUCAUUCUCAACUAAGCAAAUUACUUUUCAC